GGUCCUGAACAAGACAAGAGAACAUCACCUUUCAUUCGGCUUCACACGCUACGCGGAGGCACGCAAUUAUUACCGUUGGUGAUAUGUCGGGUUUACUUGGUUCGCCAGUUUUUAUAUAGUGGGUGCUUGAUCGAUCCACGCUGUGGUUUAGCGGCUCCUGAGGAUACUGUGACGGGUUGGACAAUUAUUUAUGAAUGGAUGGAGGUGCGCCGGAGAGUUCCGAAGGUGGAGGAUGGUGGGUCACGAUGGUGCUUUGGACGAUCGUCCUCUUCGGGUCCUUCCUCCUCAACGGGACCCUCCUCUUCGCCUUCCUCAAGCGACCCGGCCUACGCACGAUAUCGAACAGAUUUGUGAUGAACUUGAUCGCAUCGAACCUGUUGACGUGCGUGAUCCUGACGCCUCUUCUGAUGCUGGACACCCCGCCGACAGAUUCGUUUGGAUCCAGCCUCUGCUCCAUAUCGGAAGGUGCCGGGGCUUUUGUGACGGCAUCAUCGAUACUUUCGGUGCUUCUAAUCGCGAUUGAUCAGUACUUUGCGGUCGUUGAUCCCCUUCGAUAUCACACGAGAAUCGACAAGCUGAAGUGUGCCGUCCUCAUCGUUUCUGUCUGGCUGGUUUCCGUGCUCCUGGCUCUUCUCGCAGCUUUCAAUCCGCACCCUCACAGCCUCUGGUUGGCUUGUUCAAGCGAUCAUCAACUCAUCGUGGAACCCAGGCUGGACUUAAGCCUUGAUUCGACAAUUUCCAUCGGCAAUGGGACGGAGAAGUAUGACUUCAAGAGUGAGGUGAAGGUCACGGAAAGUAACGGCAGCUCCUUCAUUGAGGAGGAUCUGAGGUUCACUGAAAACUCUACAAUGUUUCUUGAUGAAACGUUUCGAGAGAGUUUCGAGGACACGAAUAACACGAUACUGGGAAACGAUACGUUCGAUUAUGUUACCUACGGCUUGGCUUACGCCACUUUUUACACCCUCUUCGUUUACCUAAUGCCAUUUGUUGGCGUUUGUUGGAUUUAUGUUAGCAUCUAUUCGGCAGCCCAUAAAAAUUCGGAACGUGCCAGACGCACCGGAUCCGGACCGAUGUUGUCCUCGCCAAGUUUCUGCGAGGAAUACGGGAACGUCAGGCAUGACUUUUCCACCGAUGAUUUUCGUCGUAUCCCAAAAAUAUCGAGUCUGUCAUCGAUCGACGAAAGCAUCGAAACUAGCCCUAGUCACAUACCGCGGGGAAGAUCCGAGAUGAUGCUUUGCUCGUCGGCAAUUGAAGAAGAACCAUCGAGUGGCGUUGUCUUCACCGUUGGUUUACAGAAGGUUGACGUGUCGCCGAAAAAGCCGGCGAAGACAAUCGACGCUACCAAAGAAACCUCCAAAGUUCCUAUAUCCGCGCUAAAAGCGGAAUUCCUUACUAAAAGAGAAGAUAAUCGUCUUAUGGACGAUAACAUUGUACGGAGCAAGUUCCGCGAUCGUCCCGAUAACAGACGUAAGUCUUCUCACGAUAUCCUCUGUGAGGAAAUUCUGAGAAAGGACCUCGAUCGUUUGAGGAUACCAGAGGACUCGAGCGGCGAAAGCAGCGCCAAUGAGGAGGAGGAGGAGGGGGACCAGGAUGAAGAGGAGAUGCUGACGUUUUCGAAAAACCGACGACUCGAGGACAUAGAAGUUGCCAAGUGCCAAAACUCGAUUGAGGAUCGAUCGGAAUGCAAUCGAAUACCUCUCAUCUUGGACACGGAGCUCUCAUCGGCUAGCAGGCGACCAAAUAAGUUCAAAGAAUUUGACGAUUCCGAUCAUUUCCAGCCGGACAUUUCGGUGUCAACGAGUCAACAGCAGCAGCAGCAGCAGCAGCAGUUACCCGAGGUCCUGGCCAGUCCGGAGAUUCACUCCAACGUAAAUGGCGCAUCAUCAAAAAUGAUCGACACAGUACAAAGUAGUAGUAGUAGUAAUAGUAGAAUGACAUGUAGUGGUAUUUUGUCACGUGCAGCCCUCGAAAAUCACAACGCCAAGUCAAGACUGCAGAAUAGUCUUCACACCAAUGGCAGAUCGGCAAUAAAUGCUCGCUACUUAAACGGCGGGUUUCAUCGAUCAGACGGCGCAAUGGACCAGCCGGAAGAUAUUCUCCACAAAAGCUUGUCUGGUCACAAUUUCCUCGAUGCUGAGUCUUCUCUAUUGGGCACUUCAGCUAAUGGAGGCGCAGCACCAACAGUGACGAUUACGCCUCCGCAUAAAAUUCCUCUUCAUCGUGUUUCCAGCGUGAAAAGUACUUCAAGCUACAUAAACUCGUUGAAGUACAGAAUCAGCAAUGCUUCGGUGUUCAGAUAUCGGGAAGAAACGCGUGCGGCCAGAAUUAGUGCGCUCGUUAUAGUGAUGGGUCUGAUAUGCUGGACGCCAUACGUAGUUCUAUCGAUCGUCAGGAACAUCGAGCCGCUACAUCUUACUGAGGCUGACCAACUUCCGCACAGCUACGACGUGAUGGCGCUCAGCUUUUUGAUACUGGCGGCAUACGUUAGUCCGCUGCUUUUCGGGUACAGAUCGCGCCGCGUCAAAAGGGAGCUUAGAAAAGUUUUCUGCCCCAAGAGAGAACUAUCGUACAAGAACAACAGAAGUUUGAUGGCAAAAAAGGUACUGAAACGAAGGCCCAGCAGCAAUCUUAGCCAUCUGGAAAUGGAUUCAAAAUAUAAUAUUUUUAGCUGCGUUUACGGAAGGAAUCGAUGCCCGAAAGAUAAAGUGCAGUUCAUGCAAGUGCCAGAAACCGCGUUUGCCGUUGAAACUUGUAGAAGCAGCUUUUCCAGUGGUGCUAGUACUCAAAUAUCAACAACAUCCACCGAAGAAUCCUGAAAGUGCUAUUAUUCUCUGUUCAAAGAUGAGAAAGGACGAUUUUCGCGUCCGGUACAUGAUCUUGAUCGGAGAUAAAUAGUUCGGGGAAGGUAUACGAUAGUCUGAAUUUUCGAAAUGAAAGCGCCGAUUUGCCUGGGGUAAUUAAAUCACCAUACGUUAUAGUUGUAAGGAAUUGUAAGAUGAAGCAUAAGUUUAGUUUAUCAAUGUAAGAUAAGUCACAGAAUGUAUGUCCAAGAACCUCGUUUUUAUUGAUUAAAUGAUGACUUCGUGUAUAAUUGAACAAAAAAGAA